UCAAAUUUUUAAUAUUAAAACACCAAAAAAAAUUAAUUAAAAAAAGAAUUGAUUGUGGAGUAAAUAACCAAAAAAAAAUAACCGACCAAAGAUUUGAAAUAUCUUCUCCUAAGCGUUUUACUGAGAGAUUCAACAGAGAUCUUUUAAUAUUUCAUCGAAGAAAUGUCCUAAAUUAAAAAAAAAAAUAGUGUAAAUAACUAGAAAAUUUUGGCGGAAUUUGCCGCUGAAGAAGCUGCCAUUAGUUUUCUUUUGCUCCUGCUCCACACAAAGAGAGCGAAAUUGUAAAGAAAAUUUUUGAAAAUCUCUACAACAGAGUUCAUUGUUGAAUUUGGUCUUUGGGAAACUUGAGAGGCUCCUCGGUGAGAUUGCCAAGGAAGCAAGUCAGGAAGUGACUGGUGAAAAGGAAGAGAGUCUCUGUGAUGACCAAGUGGCCAUCGAGCGACACUUUGGUCAAUUGGAAAGGUGGCUGCGAGAAGCUAGGAAUUGGAAAAAUCGCGUAGUAGAAUUGGAAGAUGCCCUGAGACAGAGUGUUUUGAUUGUCAGCGAGCGAGAAAAGGAUUUCUUCGCGCUCGAAGAAACCAAGAGGCAAUUGACUGAAAAGUUAAAUAAAUUUGAGCAGCGGAUUGCAUCGUUGCAGAAUGCUAAGUUCCUCCGGUGCAAGUGGUGUCAGAUGUUGACGAAGCGUUUGGAGCUUUUGAAUGAGAAAUUUCACAUUUUACUGCAAGAGAAACGAUCGAGGCUGCAAGAGCUCACAAAUAUUAGACAAGAGGCGAUAGAGUUGGCGAUCUCAGAGAAGGACGCCAAAAUCGCUCAGCUGGAAGUUUCUGGUGCUAAGACACAGGAGCAAAUUGAGUCUUUAGAUCAAUUACGUAGUGAUAGGAAUAAAUUGAACAAUCGCUUAAAAGUAGAGUGUGAAAAUUCUUUGAGUUUGUUAAUAGAAUGUAGUUCCUUUGAGGAAGAGCUUUCCAAUUUAUUCUUUAUCGAGGAUCCAAUUUACGAUGAUUUUGGACUAGAAGACAGAAACACGAAUAUUGAAACUUCGUGUUGAAUUCCAAAAAGGAAAAUGAAAUCCGUUCAAAAGAAAAUCCCUUCUAGCGCUCCAUG